AUGGCAACUCAUGGGAAAGAAGCUGCUGUGCCAAGAAAAAAACUCACUGGCAAGAAGAGAGCUGUGGACACUGAUCAAUCGGAGACUCCCGGCGCCAACGGCGUGACAGCGCCGCGCCCCGCCCCGCCCGCCAGGGGGCCUCCCGCGGCGACGCCCCGCGCAUGCGCACGGCAGCGGCCAGCCGCGGGAGCGGCGACCGGGCUUCUGGCGGCGCUGGCGGCGGCGGGGACGGCGGAGCGGCCGGGCGGCGCCGGGCGCGUCCCGGUGGGGCUGUGCGUGCUGUGCGGGCUGCCGGCGGCCGGCAAGUCCACCCUGGCCCGCGCCCUGCGCCGCCGCCUGCCGCAGCGCCCGGGCUGGGCCUGCGCCCUCCUCACCUACGACGAGCUCAUCCCGCCGGAGGCCUUCGGCCCGAGCGAGCCGGGGGCGGAUCCGGCGGGACCGUCCCCAUUGCUGCCGCGCUGGAAGCGGAGCCGGCGGGAGCUGCUGCAGUGCCUGGAGCGCUUCCUGCGGGCGCUGGUCACCGGGGGCCCGCUGUCAGCCCCCGCCACCGCCACCCAGCCGGCCUGGGAGCGGUUCCUGGCCUGCUGCCGCGGGCAGGGGCUGCUCUCCUCGGCGGAAGGUCGCGCCGGCGCUGGCCGUUACUGGGCGCAUGCAGCCACGCCUAGCCCGCUCUACCUGAUCUUGGAUGACAAUUUUUAUUAUCAGAGCAUGAGAUACGAGGUGUACCAGCUGGCUCGCAAAUAUUCCUUGGCCUUCUGCCAGUUAUUCUUAGAGUGCCCACUUGAAUGCUGCUUGCAGAGAAAUCGUCUAAGAAGUCAUCCAUUACCUGACCAGACGAUAUAUUUAAUGGCAAGAAAAAUAGAAAUGCCAGAUCUCAAGAAAAAUGCUUGGGAACAGAACAGCCUCAUUCUGAAAAGUUUUGAUUGCACUUCAGAGGAUGAUGAGCAGAUAAUUAGUUUGCUGGCCACUGCUUUGGAAAAUCCAGUGAAGCAAAACGAGGAAAACACUGAGCAAAAGGAAGCAGAUCGAGCAAUCUGUGCAGCUAGCACUGUCCAUCAGGCUGAUCGCACAUGCAGACGCAUCAUCUCGCAGACAAUGAGGGACGCGAAAGAUAAAAACAUACUCCCAAGUGAGAUGAAGAGCCUGGCAGAAGAACUCAACAAACUCAAAGCAGAAUUUUUGGAAGACUUGCGGCAAGGAAAUAAUUUGAAAAACCAAAUUUGCAUACAAAAUGAAUAUUCUGACCCUGCUACAAGUGUAACUUCUUCAUUCCAACAUGAGGCAACCAAUAUAGUUAAUAAAUACAUUUUAAAAUAAUGACAUAGAGAACGUUGGUGGUUUUUAAGAGUCCAGAGUAUUUAAAAUGCAGUACUCGCUCAGCAGUACAGCUGAAAAAUGUCUGAGAUACAGGUUCCUUCUCUGGAGUCUCGUGCCUUCUCUAACUCCUCCCCCCAUAUGAUGGAAGAGAAAUACAGUCUUGCAUACUGUCUUUGACCUUGAAGAUCAGCCAACAACCCAUCCUCAGACUUUAUUUAAAUUUCACAGAAUCAUAGAAAUAAGUUACCCUGGGAGGAACACUUAGAAGUCAUCUAGUCCCGUUUCCUGCUGACAGCGGGACUAACUUCAAGCUGGAUCAGCUUUCUCAGAGCCGGCUCCAGCUGAGGUGGUGAAGAGCGCCUUGGAUGGUGACCGGCUCUGCUCUGCGCAACGCGUGGCGGAGCGUUUCCAGAGAAUACGUGCCUGGGAAGGUAUAGAAACAAGAAGUGAGAUGGAUGGCUCUUGGCUUCUCUGCUUGUUUCCCUGACAGAAACUGCAAAGAACCAGAAA